CUGUUUGAACUGUCUCUAUAUGUGUAACAGAAUUUUGUUACACCUAAAUCAGCGGUAAAGAUGUUUGAUCGUUUCACGUGCCAGAUCACAUGAUUGAUUUUCUUUUGACAAAAUAAGUUUUGGUGGCGAGCGACUGAGAGAGACAAACUUCAAAAAGGUGUAAAGGUUUGAUUUUGAUUAAUUGUAUUAAUUAGAUAUUGAAAUUGUACUACAAUUACUAGUUUGAUCUCCAUCAUCUAAUUUAUAUCAUAAAUCAUCAUGGGUCAAGGUCCUUCCGGAAUGCCAGGAGGCGAUAACUCUGGUAAGAAGAAAGAUGAUAAAAAGAAAGAGAAACCAAAAUAUGAACCACCAGUGGAAUCAAAAUUUGGUAAGAAAAGAAGAAAGGGACCAGAUACUGCUGUGAAAUUACCUAGUGUUUUUCCUAAUACUAGAUGUAAAUUAAAAUUAUUGAAAUUAGAAAGAAUAAAAGAUCAUUUAUUAUUAGAAGAAGAAUUUGUUACUAAUCAAGAAGCAUUCCAACCUACAGAAGCAAGACAAGUUGAAGAACGAGAAAAAGUAGAUGAAUUAAGAGGUUAUCCUAUGUCAAUUGGGACUUUAGAAGAAAUAAUCGAUGAUGAUCAUGCUAUUGUAUCAUCAACUGCUGGAUCAGAAUAUUAUGUUUCAAUCAUGUCAUUUGUUGAUAAAGGUUUAUUGGAACCAGGAUGUUCAGUACUUUUACAUCAUAAAACUGUAUCAGUAGUAGGUGUAUUACAAGAUGAUGCUGAUCCAAUGGUUUCAGUUAUGAAAUUAGAUAAAUCUCCAACUGAAUCAUAUGCUGAUAUUGGUGGUUUAGAAGCUCAAAUUCAAGAAAUUAAAGAAGCUGUAGAAUUACCAUUAACUCAUCCUGAAUUAUAUGAAGAAAUGGGUAUAAAACCUCCAAAGGGGGUGAUAUUGUAUGGGGCACCAGGUACUGGUAAAACUUUAUUAGCCAAAGCUGUUGCUAAUCAAACUAGUGCUACAUUUUUAAGAAUUGUAGGAUCAGAAUUAAUUCAAAAAUAUUUAGGUGAUGGACCAAGAUUAUGUCGACAAAUUUUCCAAAUUGCCGGUGAACAUGCUCCUUCUAUUGUAUUUAUUGAUGAAAUUGAUGCCAUUGGUACUAAGAGAUAUGAAUCAAGUUCAGGAGGUGAAAGAGAAAUUCAAAGAACCAUGUUGGAAUUAUUAAAUCAAUUAGAUGGGUUUGAUGAUAGAGGUGAUAUUAAAGUGAUUAUGGCAACUAAUAAAAUUGAAUCAUUAGAUCCUGCUUUAAUUAGACCAGGUAGAAUUGAUCGUAAGAUUUUAUUUGAAAAUCCAGAUGCUAAUACUAAAAAGAAAAUCUUAACUAUUCAUACAUCAAAAAUGAGUUUAGCUGAUGAUGUGAAUUUAGAAGAUAUAGUGACUUCAAAAGAUGAUUUAUCAGGAGCUGAUAUUAAAGCUAUUUGUACUGAAGCUGGGUUAUUAGCAUUAAGAGAAAGAAGAAUGCAAGUUAAGGCUGAUGAUUUUAAAGCUGCCAAGGAAAGAGUUCUUAAGAAUAAAGUUGAAGAAAAUCUUGAAGGUUUAUAUUUGUAGUUGUAAGAAGUAUAUAUAUAUAUACCAUUUUAUAUAAUGAAUCAAAACAUUUAAAAUAUAGAUAAGAUUGAAAUAUUUGUAAGUAAAGUAAAUCUGCCCACCAUUAAAAG